CUUGGAUACACAUACUGCGCCAGAAGAAGUUGUAUUGAUCUGAGGGCACUGCUGCGGCUGCUGCUGGUGCUGACUUGAACCUGGAAAUCCCUGUCCUGCUCUGGCCCUGCUCAGCCUGCUGCGUCGCGGGUCACUGUCAGGAUGACAGGGUGUGCAAAACGUUGCAAACAAGGACUUGUCAAGUUUGCUGUGACCUUACACAAACUGGUCACUGGGACUCUCAUCAAAGACAAAGCUGAUGAUGACUUGGAGAUGACCAUGGUGUGCCAUCGACCGGAGGGCCUUGACCAGCUAGAAGCUCAAACCAACUUCAGUAAAAGAGAGCUCCAAGUGCUCUACAGGGGCUUCAAGAAUGAGUGUCCAAGUGGUGUUGUAAAUGAAGAUACCUUCAAGCAAAUAUACUCCCAGUUCUUUCCACAUGGAGAUGCCAGCACCUACGCGCACUACCUGUUCAAUGCAUUUGACACAGGACACACAGGAUCCAUAAAGUUUGAGGACUUUGUAACAGCGCUGUCCAUCCUGCUGAGGGGCUCUGUCACCGAGAAGCUCCAGUGGACCUUUAACCUCUAUGAUAUCAACAGAGAUGGGUACAUCAACAAAGAGGAGAUGACAGACAUCGUCAGAGCAAUAUAUGACAUGAUGGGGAAGUACACUUACCCCGUCUUGAAAACUGAUGCACCCAAGCAGCAUGUGGAUGCUUUCUUUCAGAAAAUGGACAAAAACAAAGAUGGCGUGGUCACUCUUGAUGAAUUCCUCCUUUCUUGUCAAGAGGAUGAAAACAUUAUGAGGUCCCUACAGCUCUUUGAAAAUGUAAUCUAGACACGAAGACGAUGGUGCAACAGACGAAGCACAGAGUGAGAGAAGAGGGGAGGGAACGACAGGAAAUAGGAGGAGAAGGAGUGAUGAACAAGAAUCUGCGAGCAAAAGGAACAACCUAAAUUGUGAGAGAAGGCAAACAAAGAAGCUUGUCACUUUGGGCGUGACAGUUUGCCAUAAAACCGUCUGGAAGGCAUCUUACUGUAGGAAAUCUAUGGCAACAAACCAUCACUGGUUUUGGAAACCCUCCUUUAGACUAAUCUGACCUUUCUGUGACCACUCAUCUCAUCUCCACCUCCCUCGUUUGUUGCUGUUGUUAGUGUCAUCUUGGACGGUGUGCACUUCAUGCCACUAUGUAAAUAUGGCCCCUCUCACAUUUGGUUAAAGACUUUUCCCAAAUUAUGUCAAAUUGUUACCAUGCAGGACUUCAAUUCCUAAAUGCAGCUUAGCAGAGAGAGCAACCAAAUGCACACUUUGCUCAUUAAAGGCUUAAAUAAGAGCAUCAUAAAUUUCUGUAUCGAUACAAAGAACAUGAGCAAUAUUGUGAAGCAUGCACAAGAGAUUCCUACAGCAUAAUAAAUGAAUAUGUGUCAUAAAACCUGUCGGCAAUAUACACAACUUCUUGCUAAAUGGUUACGUUUGGGAUGCCAGGUAUGUACGCUGCAUCUUGCCGAGUCAGCUCAGCCGUUUUUUAAGACUUAAAUACAAACACAGGUCUGGAAUGGUUUGCAGAGCUCAGUGUGUGAAUGUGUCUCAGCUUGUGACAUUUUUAGGUCUUGUGACAGCUUGCAACAGUCCCCAAAGGCCUCCUUAACUCCUAAUGUGUGUUCCAGUGUCGUCGAUCGGUGUUUGAACGUUGUUAUGACUCGACUGUAGAUAUUUAACUGUUGUGUCUGUGGCUUCUUCUCACUGUCUGAACUCGCUGGUGUCUGUCUGUGUGUUUCUGAUUCUGACUGCCUGUCUGUCCUUUUGUCAGAUUGGAUAUAACGCUGUAAUCAUUCUACCUGACACUCAGUGUUAAAUAAAUAGCCCAUUUAGAGGUUUCCUGGCAUGCAGAUGGAGAGCAAUACGAAGAUGUGCACGUGUUCGUGUGUGUGUGGUGUCCUGGUGUAAAGGUCCCGUUUGAAUGAAUAUUAAAGUGUCAUCUAUUCUAGCUUGUAGCUUCAUCUUCAAAUGAGCUGACUGCAUUUUCGCUUGAGAGGAGAGGUUUGUCUUUAACUCUGUCUGUUGAAAAUGUCAACUCAGAGCGACCAAAACUUCACUGUGAGGGAGAGGUGUCGAAGGAGGGGAUACAGAGGAGGACAGAGCUCAGAGAAGAAGACAGGAGAUAAAAGUAAAGACCUUUUCACUGAUUAUGGAGGAAUGGAAGCCAUGUUUCAAAUAAGAGCCAUCAUUUUGAAGAUAGAGUAGUGCAAAAAUACAUUUAUAAAUGGUUUACUGUCAUGCCUACUCACUGUGCUACCAAUAGUGUGAUUAAACCCCCCGCCCACACCCCACCCCCGGAGAUACUUUAACAUAGACGGACAGAUAGACAGGCAUACAGACAGACACACUUA